AAGAGAGGGAGGGAAAAAAAAGAAAAAAGAAAAAAUUCCCCUCUCCCCAAUAGCGAGAUAUUACUCGAAGAGUGAACGAGACGAAGGCAGCUUGGUUACCAAAUAAACUUUCCAGCACAGUGCUGUUCACAUUUAUAAUUGAAGAAUUCUCACUCACUCUGUUGAACUGUGACCCUGCUGAGCCACAAGAAGCAGUAAAGCUUUCUCUUUGGCGUUUUCCAAUACAUAUCUUUGGUGGAUCUGCGAUUCAUUUCACCUUACCAGCCAUGUCACGUCCUGAGGAUGUUCUGCCUCCCGAUCUUUUCUACGAUGACAAUGAAUCCCGAAAAUACACGACUUCAUCCCGUAUUCGUAACAUUCAAUCAGAUAUGACCCAUCGAGCGCUGGAGCUCCUUGAUCUUCGUUCUCCAUCGCUCAUCCUCGAUGUGGGGUGCGGUUCCGGACUUUCUGGCGAGAUCCUUUCCCAAGUUCCUCCUCAGGAGGGUGGACCUCAUACCUGGGUCGGGAUGGACAUUUCACCAAGCAUGCUUGAUGUGGCACUGCAACGAGAUGUCGAGGGUGACUUGCUCUUGGCUGAUAUUGGACAGGGCGUGCCAUUUCGGCCUGGCACCUUCGACGCGGCUAUCAGUAUCAGUGCUAUCCAGUGGUUGUGCAAUGCUGAGACAAGCGAUGUCAGCCCCGAGGGCCGUCUUCGUAGAUUUUUUGAGGGAUUGGGACGUGCUGUCUGCCAAUUCUAUCCAAAGAAUGAUGCGCAACGGGCCAUGAUUAGCGGUGCUGCCGUAAGAGCUGGCUUCGGAGCUGGUAUCUUAGAAGAUGACCCUGGCACAAAAAAUGGCAAAUUAUAUCUCGUGCUGACCGUCGGAGGUGGUGGACUGCAUGGCGAUAUUACUGGCGUUGUCCAAGGCAUGAACGAUGUUGACAUCUUGGAUGCCAGGAGAAAAGCCGCGGAGCGCGGCAAGGUCCAGCCAUCCAGGAAAGGAGAUAAAGCCUGGAUUUUGCGAAAAAAGGAACAAAUGGCCAAGAAAGGGAAAAUCGUGAAAGCAAAUUCCAAAUACACCGGAAGAAAGAGGCGUCCUGCGUUUUAA